AUGCACCUCUCGGCAUUUCUCAUCCUCUCGUUUCUGAGCGUUCAUGCGUUAUGUUGGCCAUAUACCGAGUCGCUCGCUGAGUACAACCUGAACGAAAACAAAUCCGCCGAAGCCCCCAUCGAUUAUUGGGGAGUAUGGCCAGAUCACGAUUAUCAUCCCUCACCAGACAACUGGCGCUUUCCCAUCUAUACCAUCUUCCUGGAUCGGAUCUCCAACGGCGACCCAACAAAUGACGAUAUUAACGGAACAACAUUUGAGCAUGUGGUCAACUCCAAUCAGAUGCGUCACGGAGGCGAUCUCGAGGGCUUGAUUGACACGCUGGACUAUAUCCAGGGCAUGGGCUUUAAAGCUAUCUAUUUCGCCGGCACCUAUUUAAUGAACCUCCCGUGGGCGUACGAUGGCUACUCGCCGGUUGAUACCACCCUUCUCGACAUGCAUUUCGGUACGCUCGAGGACUGGAGACGAACUAUUACCGAGAUCCAUAACCGGGAUAUGUACGUGCUGGUGGAUAACACGUUGUCAACGAUGAGUAACUUGGUGGGAUUCAAAGGCCAUCUGAACGAUUCAGCCGAUUUCCGUGCGCACGAGUACGAAGUUGAAUGGGUCACCGACAGAAAGUAUGCUGAUUUUCAAUUUGGGAAUGAGUAUAAUGAGACUUGCAACUAUCCCAAGUUUUGGAAUGAGACAGGUGAUCCGUUAACUUCCGGCGGAGUCCAAGACCUCAAGGGUUGCUAUAACAGCGACUUUGAUCAAUAUGGAGAGCUGGAAGCGUUCGGAAACUUCCCAGACUGGCAGCGUCAACUAACCAAGUUUGCCUCGGUGCAGGAUCGCCUGCGCGAAUGGCACAAGCCGGUCCGCGACGUUCUCACAAGACAUUCAUGCUUCCAAAUUGCCAGUCUGGACGUUGACGGAUUUCGGUUUGAUAAAGCCGUUCAGUCAACCCUCGAACCCCUGAGUGAGAUGACGUCCUUUUAUCGCGAAUGUGCGAAGCGAUUCGGCAAGGACAACUUCUUCCUUCCUGGUGAAAUCACGUCCGGAGAUACCUUUGGCAGUUUGUACCUCGGCCGUGGGCGUCAACCAGAUCAGCGCCCAAAGGAUGCAGGUAGUGGUGCGAAGCUGACGAACAAUUCGGAUUCGCAUUUCCUCCGAGACGAUGGAUUGCAAGCAUUAGAUGCCUCCGCAUUUCACUAUACCAUAUACCGUUCAAUGACCCGGUUCCUAGGCAUGGAUGGUAACCUGGUCGCCGGAUUCGACUUACCGACCGACUUCAUCGAGGCCUGGAAUGAGAUGCUUCGGUCAAACGACUUUCUGAAUGCAUUUACUGGAGAACUGGAUCCAAGGCACAUGUAUGGCGUAUCAAAUCAAGAUAACUUUCGCUGGCCGGCUGUCAAGAACGGCACUGACAAGUUCCUUCUUGGUCUGUACAUUGUGUCAUUGGAGCUUCCGGGAAUUCCUCUCGUUCUUUGGGGCGAAGAGCAGGCCAUGUAUGUGUUUGAUGCAACUGCAUCCAACUACAUGUUUGGGCGACAGCCCAUGACUUACCAAACCGCUUGGUGGACACAGGGCUGUUUCAAUCUCAACACCUCCAAGUUCUACGAUUUCCCCAUCGAAAAGGGUCUCCAUGGAUGCAACGAUAUCACAGUCACCUAUGAUCAACGAAAUCCCGCCCACCCGAUUCGCAACAUCAUGAAGAGAAUGUUCGAGAUCAGAACUCAAUACCCAGUUGCCAAUGAUGGCCUGUAUCUGGAGACCCUCUCGCAGCUCACGAAAGAUAUCUUCCUUCCUGGUUCUUCCACUACUCCCACCGUUACUGGACUAUGGUCAGUGCUCCGAAGCUACUUCCCCGAGGUCCAAAAGGAGGCAUCUACAGCUUCCGAUGGGAAUGGAACACUUUGGCUGGUGUAUCAAAAUGGAAAUAAAACAGAGACUUAUGGUGGCAAUUGCACCAACAAAAACACAGCAUUGUUGGCCCCAUUCAAGUCAGGCACAAAGCUGACGAAUCUCUUUUAUCCUUAUGAAGAGCUCACUUUGAGUGACGGCCCUGAUGGCCAAUCUGAGGAUGGCUAUGGAUGUGUCUCUCGCAUGAAGCUGUUGCCGUGGGAAUUUCGAGCAUAUAUCGAGUCCAGCAACUUUGUUGAGCCUGGUCCAACAGUCACCGAAUUUCUCCCUGGACACGACGCUCGCUUUCUUUCUACGAAGGAUGACGGUGAAACUAUUCCAGUUCAACUUGGGUACUCUAAAGAAAUGAAUUGUGACAGCAUCACCAAGGCGAUUGUUCUCAAUUCAAUGACAGAAAAAGGCAUCAACGCCUCUCUUGAUACUUCCAGUGUCAAGUGUACCAAUGUCUCCGCCAGAACGAGCAGUGAAUCAUACGUUGGCGAGGUUCCAACCGUUUGGACAUGGUCUGCACAGUUGAGCAACGCUCACCAUGGUAUUCACCAGCUGACAGUCAACAAUGUUUCCUCGUCUGGAUUACACACCAACUCAGUCGACAAAUUUCUGCUGCGAGUCGGUGCUCAGAGCAACCCAUUAAUGUCUCCGCUUGCCAAUUACUCUUCCACACUGGUCCAAAAGUCCAAUGACCGCUUCUACAUUCAGCACAAUGCGGCCGGCGCCGAUCGAUUCCGCUACUCAUCUGACUUUGGACGAAGUUGGUCAGAAUGGACGGCGUACUCGGGUGGGAAUACCACAGUUCAUAUUCCGGCUUGGACAGGCACAGAUAAUCAAAAGUGGACGGGAACUCAUAUCCGUGUCCAGUACUUCUCUAGGCUCACUGGAAGUAGUGACUAUAUACAGGAAGGUGACUAUGACUGGGAUGAUACAACUCGAAGAUUCCCUCAUCUCUGGUGGAACGGUCCAUAUAACCAGUAUGGUUACGAUGCAGGACUGGAAAGCAGGAUGGAGUAUGACACCGACUCGUCUAGUUGGAGAUACGACUUUGUCUAUGAGUGGCCCGCUAUCGGGCAGCUGAAUGUUUGGGGAACCGACAAUGAUGGCAUACCAGAUACGACAGAAGUUUACGGAGAUGUGGACAGCUCCUCUGUCGUCAAAAAGCUUCCUCCGUCGUAUCUGUCGUCCAACGUCAUCAACAUCACCACUUUGCCUCCAUUCCCGCAUCUGGGAUGGACCAUCUCUCUCAAUGAUGGCAACUUGAGGUAUCAGCUAAUUCCGGUUGGAUCAGGAUGGGUCCAGCUUGUGCUCUUCAUCCUCUUAUGGGUUCUUCCGAUCCUGAUGGGGUUAGCCGGUGUUCUCAUCUUUAUCCGAACGUUCUAUCGUGUGAAGCUCAAUAAAGACGGGAACGUGCCCAAAGGUGGAAAGUUUCCGAUCAUGUUCUGGCGGAGAGUUAAGGACAAGGUCGCCGGGGAUGAUGAAUCUCUAAAGGCGCCGUCAGACACGGCGGUGUCGACUGACAUUGCUGUCGCGGGCGCAUCCAGCCAACGACGGACAGUCUUGAUUGCAACAAUGGAAUACGACAUUCAAGACUGGGGCUUGAAAGUCAAAAUCGGAGGUCUCGGUGUCAUGGCUCAGCUCAUGUCACAGAACUUGAAGCAUCAGAAUUUGAUUUGGGUGGUGCCAUGUGUCGGUGAUAUCGACUAUCCCGAAGAUACGCCCGUUGAGCCAUACGUGAUUACCAUUCUCGACAACCCAUACUUGGUGCAAGUGCAGUACCACGUUGUCGAAAACAUCACUUAUGUCUUGCUUGAUGCCCCCGUCUUUCGUCAACAGACCAAGGCAGAGCCUUAUCCUCCUCGCAUGGACGACCUUGACAGUGCAGUCUACUACUCGGCAUGGAACCAGUGCAUUGCGGAGACAAUGAGACGCUCGCCCACAAUCGAUCUUUACCAUAUCAACGAUUUCCAUGGGUGUCUAGCGCCACUGUAUCUGUUGCCAACUCGCACCAUCCCGGUUUGUCUGUCGUUGCACAACGCAGAGUUUCAAGGCUUAUGGGCUCUGCGAACUUUGCAAGAGAAGAAAGAAGUUUGCUCAGUGUUCAACAUUCCACUUGACAUUGCAACCAAGUACUGCCAGUUCGGAAAUGUGUUCAACUUACUACAUACCGGUGCUAGCUAUCUAAGAUACCAUCAACGCGGCUUUGGUGCAGUGGGUGUCUCUCAGAAGUAUGGAAAGCGGUCAUGGGCGAGAUAUCCAAUCUUCUGGAGUCUUGAAAAGAUUGGCAGUCUUCCAAAUCCAGACCCUUCCGAUACAGGUGCUUUAGGAGAUAACCCUGAAGCGGAGGCCCACGUUCAGUCUUACGAUGAACGUAUCCACGAGAAGUUACAGGCACAAAGGUGGGCUGGUCUUACUGAAGAUCGCAACGCGGACUUAUUGGUAUUCGUUGGACGAUGGUCAAAGCAAAAGGGCGUGGACUUGAUUGCCGACGUUAUGCCAGCGGUUUUGUCCGCGAGACCGCAGGUCCAGCUAAUCUGUAUUGGUCCUAUCAUUGACUUGUAUGGCAGGCUGGCCGCUAUUAAGCUAGAGCGCAUCAUGGAAAUGUUCCCAGGGCGUGUGUUCUCCAAGCCAGAGUUUACGGUCUUGCCCCCCUAUGUAUUUUCUGGUGCGGACUUUGCCUUGAUUCCAUCCAGAGACGAGCCAUUCGGACUUAUUGCCGUUGAAUUUGGUCGAAAGGGAGCUCUUGGAAUUGGUUCUCGCAUUGGAGGUCUUGGCCAAAUGCCCGGAUGGUGGUACACUGUGGAAUCAGACUCGGCGCGUCAUCUUCUGCAUCAACUUAGGACUGCGAUCAAAUCCGCUCUUGACUCGUCAGAAGAGACUCGUGCAGAAAUGCGUGCCAACUCUGCCAAGCAGCGAUUCCCCGUUCUUGAAUGGACUCAGAAACUUGAAGUCUUACAGCGAACUGCAAUCCACAUUCACCACACAAAGAACCAAAAUACCGCUCCAGGUCCACCUGGGUCCAAGAUUUACUCUGAGAUGCAAGGCAUGCGAUUCUCAACAGUAGCCCUUCCAAGAUUCAACAUGUCUCUGGCAGAAGGCCUGGACUCGCCACCUGCGAGAUCCUCGCAGCUCGGCCAUCCUUCUCUUCAAGAACUACAGGCAGCUGAACUUCGAGGUACGGAAAGCAACAGGAGCAGCAUGCUUGGUCGCAAGCUCUCACUUGGUCAAAGGGCGGGCCCAGGCCAAGGCAGAAAGCGCCUAGUCAAAAAGUCGCUGCGUGACAGUCAAGUGUUUGACCAGCGUGCGGAAAGUGAUACUACUGACGGUGAAGAUGAAGGCACGGACACACCGCAAGAGGAUUACAUUUCCCCUGAAGAGGCUGUUGCAGCUGUGAACCGAGCUCUCGGCUCUCAGGAAGUUGGUCACUAUCGAAAUAACAGUUCUCAUUCUCCACGUGGAUCUGAGAUAUCUACUCCGGACUCAUCACGGUUCGUCUCGCGGGAGUCGUCCCCGGUGAGAACUCCUCUCCCUCACACCCGCAAUGUGUCUGUUCUGUCUUUGCCUUCGGUAAUCGGCGACCAUGACCAAUCUGUCUUCGAGCUCCAAAAGGUUGAUCCAACCUUCACUGAUAGUAUGGGUCAUUUCACGCGACACUUCGAAAGUCUUUUGACCAACCUGAAUAUGAAAAACUCGAUUACGGACUACUGCAUUGAAAAUUACUUGAUGAAGAGCGAACGAAAAUUCUUCAACAUGUACAAUGAUGCGCAGCUGAAGGUUCAGCCUAAAGAACGUGCACUUGAUGAGGCCUCUUCAGACGAUGUUCCCGAUAACACGGUAUAUACUCGAGUUUCUCGGGUUCCUGGAGUAUCUGAUUCCAAGGAUGUUGGUGAACUUGAUGAAUGGCUCGCUCGAUUGGGAUACAAGAGACCAAUUGCCAUCCAGCGAUUUAUGCGACGGCGUAUUGGAAAUUGGCCCGUCUAUGCUCUCUUCCUCGGUCUUGGCCAGAUCAUUGCGACAAAUUCGGCACAGAUCACUCUCCUUGUUGGUCAGGUAGGUGAGACUGCUGUCAAGCUCUAUGUCAUUGCCACAAUCUACUGUAUCUCCACUGUCGUUUGGUGGUUCCUCUUCUAUCGUUUCCCGUCCGUGAUUGUGCUCAGUCUCCCAUGGCUACUAUACUCCUUGGCCUUCAUUGUCAUCGGCGUUUCACCUUACGGUAUCACCAGUCUUGGUCGAGCAUGGGCACAAAACGUUGCUGCGGGUAUCUACGCUGCUGCUUCCUCUAGUGGAUCUCUGUUCUUUGCCCUGAACUUUGGUGACCAGGGUGCGGUUCCAGUGAAAGAUUGGAUGUUCCGAGCAAGUUUUAUUCAGGGAAUCCAACAGAUCUACACUGUUGCCCUCUGGUACUGGAGCUCCAAAGUUACUGCAGUGGAAGUUGGGGGCGUUUCUUCGGCGACUUUGAACACAUGGAAACUCACUGCUGUGGUGAUGCCAAUCGCUGCGAUUUGUUUUGCCGUGGGAGUGAUACUUGCACUUGGCCUACCCAAAUACUACCGUCAAUCACCCGGAAAGGUUUUGUUCUUUGACACGUCACUGUUCCGCCGGCGCAUUGUUCUUUGGUUCUUCUUCAUGGUCAUUAUUCAGAACUGGUUCCUUGCCGCGGCAUUCGGUCGCAACUGGUCAUUUUUGUGGUCGUCCAAACAUGCAAAGACAUGGGAAGUCGUGCUUCUUGUGGUUUUCUUCUUCAUCAUUCUUUGGGUUGCUGCGCUAUUCAUGUUCCGAUUCCUGUCUAAGGAGCACAGUUGGAUCUUACCCGUUUUUGGACUAAGUGUCGGCGCACCACGCUGGGCGCAAACCUGGUGGGGAACGUCAAACAUCGGUUUCUAUCUCCCGUGGGCGGGAGGUCUGACUUCCGGGGCUCUCGCCUCUCGUUGUGUCUGGCUGUGGCUCGGUUUCCUUGACGAAAUCCAACAAGUCGGCCUGGGAAUGAUUCUCUUACAAACCCUCACCCGGGUUCAUGUAUGUUUUGUUCUACUUGUUGCGCAGUUCCUUGGGUCCGUUGCCACUAUUUGUGCUCGUGGAUUUGCUCCGAACAAGCUUGGACCGGCAGGCAUCUCUCCCGAUGUGGGCUCGUCGGCAGACAAAGUUGCCAAUGCGUGGUUCUGGAUUGCCCUUUUCUUCCAACUCUUAGCCAGCUUUGGGUUCCUUCUCUUCUAUCGACGGGAGCAACUUAAUCGACCUUAA